GGUGGUGGAGUUGCACCCGCGAAGCGCCGAUGGAGAGGUCUGGCCAUUGGCGUCCUCUUCCUUGUGGUACUCUCAAUGCUUGUUCCCCUUGGAUUCUUGCUUGGUCUACACAAUGGCUUUCACUCUGCAGGAAUCAUGCCUCUUCAACACACUUCAUCUCCAGGGGAUCGUUCAAGCCAUAUAGAUAGCCUUGUGAGAAAAUUAGGACCUACUCUACAAAAGGAUAUUCUUAAAGGCUUUAUAAAUGAAGCUAAAAACGAAACCAGCAGUGCAAAUGUAACACCUAAAAAUCAGCAGAGAAAAGGUAUUCCAGAGUCGCCUCAAGUUUUGUUGCAACCAUUAACCAUAAAUAUUAGUAGCGUUAGUGGUAAAGCUAGAAUGAAAGGUGGUGUUGAUGAAAGUGAGGGAUUAUGUGAGUUGAAAUUUGGUAGCUACUGCAUUUGGCGUGAAGAAAAUAGGGAAGAAAUGAAAGAUUCCAAAGUGAAGAAAUUGAAGGACCAGCUUUUUGUAGCCAGGGCAUAUUUUCCUAGUAUUGCAAAAAUCCCAGCCCAGAGCAAGUUGUCUCGUGAACUGAGACAAAAUAUUCAAGAACUAGAGCGUGUGCUUAGUGAAAGUACUACAGAUGCUGAUCUUCCACGAGAGAUUGAGAAGAAGUCACGGAGGAUGGAAGCUGCAAUAGCCAGAGCGAAAUCAGUCUCUGUGGAUUGUAAUAAUGUUGACAAGAAAUUGAGACAAAUAUUUGACCUGACUGAGGAUGAAGCUAACUUUCACAUGAAGCAGAGUGCCUUUCUUUACCAACUUGCAGUGCAGACAAUGCCCAAGAGUCUGCACUGCCUGUCUAUGAGACUAACUGUGGAAUAUUUCAAAGACCAUGCAUUUGAUAAGGAGCUGCCUGAGAAAUUUUCUGAUCCCACAUUGCAACACUAUGUUAUAUUCUCCAAUAAUGUCAUUGCAUCAUCAGUUGUUAUAAACUCAACUGUUAUGCAUGCAAGGGAGAGUAUGAACCUGGUUUUUCAUGUGCUGACUGAUGGACAGAAUUUCUUUGCGAUGAAACUUUGGUUUCUCAAGACUACUUUUAAGGAUGCUGUAAUUCAGGUGUUGAAUAUUGAACAUCUUAAUUCAGAGUACUACGAUAAAGCAACUUUAUCUCACCUUACCUUGCCUGUGGAGUUUCGAGUUUCCUUUCAUGGCAGUGACAAUGCACUGGCAAUACAUGAUAGAACGCAAUACCUAUCUAUUUUCUCUCAUUCUAAUUAUCUUCUUCCUGAGAUUUUUAGAAACUUGGAAAAAGUUGUGGUUCUGGAUGAUGAUGUUGUUGUCCAGCAAGACUUGUCAGCACUAUGGAGCCUUGACAUGGCAGGGAAAGUGACUGGUGCUGUCCAAAUUUGCUCAGUGAGGUUGGGUCAGCUGCGGAGUUAUUUGGGUGGAAGCAGCUUCGACAAAAAUUCAUGUUCUUGGAUGUCUGGAUUGAAUGUAAUUGAUCUUGUCAGGUGGAGAGAGCUUGGCAUUUCUGAAACUUACUGGAAGUUUGUGAAAGAGAAGCUCAGCAUG